AUGCAGCAUGAAUUUUAUAUGAAUAAUAAACGCGAGGAUAAUGAUUUGAUUCAACAUAAACGUUACAAGCAUUCAGUGCAGAAUAAAGAUGAUGAGCAAAAACCGAUGAAAUCUAAUACGAAUUCGACAUAUGUCAAUCAUAAAAGAAAUUUCAUGCCGGGGGAUUUUGAAUUGACAUUCAAUUAUUCUUUUGACGUCAAAUUGGAUUACAUCUUCAACAAUAAUAGUAAAGUGUUAAAUUUCGUCUCAAACGAAAUGUGUCAUAAUGAUACUUGCAUUCGGUUCUGCUGUUGGCUUGGCUAUCGUCUGGUUGAUGACAACUGCAGUCCUGAAGAAUUAGAAAUCAUUUUUCCAAAGGUAUACACGAACGAUUCGACGCAGAGCGAAGAGAGAGUGAACGAAUUGUUUGACCUGGGCUUUUAUGAUUCGGGAUUCCCUUGCCAAGAAAAUUACUAUCUGCUUCCUGAAGGUUUUCAGUACGAUUAUAAGAUUUUUACCAACGUGAUCUACUGUUCCGAAACUUAUGACAAGAUCAAGGAGAUAACUGAUAAUGAUGAGCUUUUGAAUUCUGACGAUAUGUUGAAAAUGAGUGCCGAUAUAGUAUCUAUAUUACUUUUGGGUCAGUAUUUUCUGGUGUAUUCCAUAUUGCCAGAACUCCGAAAUAAACACGGCUUCAUAUUGCGCAAUUAUAGCGGUGCCCUGACUGUUGCAUACGGAAUUGACUUUGUGUAUAUUUUUAUCAAAUUGGAUUUACAGUAUCCUGUCUGCGUUACAAUAGCCAUUUUAAGAUACUUUUGCUUUAUGGCGAGUUUCUUUUGGUUAAGUAUAAUGAGCUUUGAUAUGUGGUGCACAUUCAGAAAAUUAUGUUCGUUACAAAGAAACGUCAGACAACAAGAAAAAAGAAAGUUGAUAUAUUAUACGAUCUUUGCGUGGGGAUGUCCCUUUAUGCUUGCUAUUUUCUGUGUCAGCAUGGAUAUUCUUUCCGAGUAUGUAAAUGUACCACCGAUUUUGCGACCGGAAUUUUAUUUAUAUUGCUGGUUCAUUGAGACUGGUCCGUAUAUGUUGUAUUAUCAUGGGCUCAGAAGUAUAUGCAUUAUCUUUAGCAUUUGUUUCUCUAUAUCUACGGCAUUAAAAAUUGCGCGUUACAAAAAGGAUACGAGUCUUCGUCUGAAAAAUUCGGAGAGCAAGUGCUAUAACGAUAAUAAAAAAUGGUUUAAUCUAUAUCUGAAGAUAUUUAUUGUGCUGUUUAUCGUAAUAGGCAUACGAUGUCUUAUGAUAACAGCGGAUGAAUUUUCUGGAAAUGUAUCAAAUUAUAACUGGUAUAUUAUUAAUUUGUUGGACAUUAUGCAGAAUCUAUGCACCGUUAUCAUCUUUGUGUGGAGAAAAUAGAUCAAGUGCAUGUUAUUCAAGCGAUUCGCCUACGGUUUGUUGCCAAAAGCUUGACACGGAUCUAAUGCAACAUUGUCGAGUAUUAUUACUACGUAAAAAGAAAUAGUCAUACAAGUGAAGAUGAUUUCUUCCGGACAAACAUGAAGUUACACUGAUAUGAUCGAUCUUUAAUUUUAUUUCAAAAUUAAAGUCAUGUUUAUUUAUGCUGAUCUUUAUUGUUUAAGAUUAAUAAUUAUAAUUCAUCCAUAUUUUUGGAUUUCGUAGCAAAAGCAUAUUAUAUUAUUUAGUUUCUUUUUCAAAUUUAAAUGAGAUUAUGUUACAUUCAAUGACAUAAAUAUUUAUAAUAUUGUUAAUUGUAGGCUAAUAUUAUUUUCAAUUUUCAAUAUUUGUAAAACUUUAGAAAACUGCUACAAA